GCGCGCCCAAUCGGGACGAAGUCUUCGCUGGCCCGGGCUCUCGUGGGCUCACUCGCUCUAGGGAACCGGCACCAUGGCGUCGGGCUGCAAGAUCGGCCCGUCCAUCCUCAACAGCGACCUGGCCAACCUGGGGGCCGAGUGCCUGCGCAUGCUGGACUCGGGGGCCGACUACCUGCACCUGGAUGCACUGCUCUUCAGGGAGGUCAGAUUUUUGCAUUUUGUUCCCAACAUCACUUUUGGUCACCCUGUGGUUGAAAGUCUUCGAAAGCAGCUAGGACAGGACCCUUUCUUUGAUAUGCACAUGAUGGUGUCUAGGCCGGAGCAGUGGGUAAAGCCAAUGGCCGUGGCAGGUGCCAAUCAAUAUACCUUUCAUCUUGAGGCAACUGAGAACCCAGGGGCUUUGAUUAAAGACAUCCGGGAGAAUGGGAUGAAGGUUGGCCUUGCCAUUAAACCAGGAACGACAGUUGAAUAUUUGGCCCCCUGGGCUAAUCAAAUAGAUAUGGCCUUGGUAAUGACGGUAGAACCUGGGUUCGGAGGCCAGAAGUUCAUGGAGGAUAUGAUGCCAAAGGUUCACUGGUUGAGGACCCAGUUCCCAACUCUGGAUAUAGAGGUCGAUGGUGGAGUAGGUCCUGACACUGUUCAGAAGUGUGCGGAGGCAGGAGCUAACAUGAUUGUGUCUGGCAGUGCCAUCAUGAGGAGUGACGACCCCAGAUCUGUAAUCAACUUACUAAGAAAUGUCUGUUCAGAAGCUGCCCAGAAACGUUCUCUUGAUCGAUGAAGUCACUGGAACCCAGUUUCUGCUCAUGAAAUCUUUUUACUGGAAAAGAGAAAUAUUAACUACCAGAUCACAUUGAAUCGAAUCGAAGCAGUGCUGCAUUCCAGUGAUUAAAAUCAAUUGUGCAGGAUGUUCAAGAGGUUAGAAAUAACUACCUUUUUAGUGAUGCCAUUUAGAGAUUAGCAUGAUGAAAUAUUCAUGUUUAUAUUGGGAAAUGAUUUUUGUAAAGAGUGAAAAUAUGGUUUUAUGAUUACAGACAGAAAUGUGUCUUAGUGCCUAAAGAGGAAAAGUAGCUACUAUGAAAACCAUUUUUCUGUAUUUUUAAAAAAAAAUAUUCUGUUAUCUCCCCAGUUUAUUCCUAAAGCAAAUGACAUCCAUAUUUUCUGUUUUGUGACAUUUAUUUAUAUGCCUGAGAUUAUGAAUGGGAUGGGACAAAAAUCAGAAGCUUUGCUGGGGUGGCAUGUCAUGGUCUGGCACCUGAAACAUUUUUACUUUUUAAUCUUACACUUGGUUUAUUAAAAACUAUAAAAAUAAUUUUUGAAGCCUAGGGUUUC